CCGGUUGGAGCGAGCGCGCCCCAGCUUCAAAGCGGUUGCUACUCUCGCGCCUCCUGCUUAGGCCUCCAGCCCUUCUCCACCCCGCCUCUCGCUCUCCGCACCCCAGCUCUCCGGUUCUCCAGUGCCCUUGGCCAUCUGCCAGUCUCGGACCCCGGUCCUGCAUCCCCAGACCACCCGCUUCAGGACCAGCUCAAGCUCUGCAGGCCGCGCGCCGCCAUGGGGGUGGAGGGUUGCACCAAAUGCAUCAAAUACCUGCUCUUCGUCUUCAAUUUCGUCUUCUGGCUGGCCGGAGGUGUGAUCCUAGGUGUGGCUCUGUGGUUGCGCCAUGACCCGCAGACCACCAGCCUGCUCUACCUGGAACUGGGAGACAGACCAGCACCCAGCACCUUCUAUGUGGGCAUCUACAUUCUCAUUGCUGUGGGAGCUGUGAUGAUGUUUGUGGGCUUCCUGGGGUGCUAUGGAGCCAUCCAAGAGUCCCAGUGCCUCCUGGGGACGUUCUUCACCUGCCUUGUGAUCCUGUUUGCCUGUGAGGUGGCGGCUGGCAUCUGGGGCUUCGUAAACAAAGACCAGAUCGCCAAGGAUGUGAAGCAGUUCUAUGACCAGGCCCUUCAGCAGGCUGUGGUGGAUGAUGAUGCCAACAACGCCAAGGCUGUGGUGAAGACCUUCCAUGAGACGCUCAACUGCUGUGGCUCCAGCACGCUGACUGCACUGACCACCUCUGUGCUGAAGAACAGCCUGUGUCCCUCGGGGAGCAACAUAUUCAACACUCUAAUGAAGAGCGACUGCCAUCAGAAAAUUGAUGAGCUCUUCUCUGGGAAGCUGUACCUCAUUGGUAUUGCAGCCAUUGUGGUAGCCGUCAUCAUGAUCUUCGAGAUGAUUCUGAGCAUGGUGCUGUGCUGUGGCAUCCGGAACAGCUCCGUGUACUAAAGCCCUUUACUUUGCACCAGAGGACCCUGCAGCGCCCCACCCCUGGAGUGACCAGAGGCCGCCUUGGGGACCGUGGCCUGUGUAUAUAAUAUUUCUGUAUUACUCUGCUACAUUUAGCCUUUUUACUUUUGAGGGUUUUGUUGUUCUGAACCUUUCCUGUUACGUAUCAGGGGCUGGCAUCACACAUAGGUGGCAUAUAUGGGGAUGUAGAGGUGGAGCUGGCCCUGGCUUGCAGGGCCCUGUACUUGUUGGACUCCUGGGAAUCUCUGCCUGCUGAGCCACACCUCCCUCACAGCUACUUGCCCAGAGGUUAUGCAGCUGAGCUAGAGGGCCAUGUCCACCCACUCUGCCCAUUGUGGGGUCGUCACCUUGCUCACAUCUUUUUAAUCCUUCUCCCUUUCCUGCCCCCAUUUCAAGAGCUGGGUUUGUAAGCACUCUUACUGCCUUCAAUGCACCUGUUCUUUCUAACGUGUCACCUUCAACUGUAAUUACAUCUUGAAACAGUCAUUUAAUAAAGGAGGAGAAAAUCAGGCAUGCUAA